AUGGCUAACCAGCAGGGUGAAAGCUCGCAGCUCGCUAACUGUGACCAUAUCCCUAUCAUCGAUCUUUCAACUUUAGAUAGUCCUCAUCUUGAAGAACGGCAGCAGCUGGCUCAAUCAAUCUAUGAUGUGUGCACCCAAGUUGGCUUCUUCUACAUAAAAAGCCAUGGAAUUCCAGAGGACAUGAUAAGAGAAAUCCACGAUGCCGCAGAACGCUUCUUCAGCCUCCCUGAAGAACAGAAGAUGAAGUUCUAUAUCGGAAACUCACCGAAAUUCCGCGGAUACAGUCCUCUCGGUGGCGAGAAAUCUACAGGAACAGACGAUGAUCCCAUCGCCGCAGAAGAUGCAGUCAGUGCUCUCUCUGAAGCAUUUGAUAUUGGAUAUGAGACUGCAAUGGAUGUUCAAAAGUCGAAGGAUGACCCUCUUCCUCGUGAUCCCUAUGGAUUGUAUGGAGACAAUCAAUGGCCUGACCAGGAUACGCUGCCGGGAUUCUCCAGGACCUACAUUGAGUAUUGCUCCUUGAUGCUAGGACUCUGUCGAAAGAUGAUGAGAAUCUUCGCUCUUGCUCUCGAUUUACCUGAAGGACACUUUGACUCUAUGGUUCAUAAUCCGGGUGUUACGUCUAGGAUGAUGCAUUAUCCGCCUCAGCCAGUGAAAGAGGAGGUCCGUGAGGGGCUUGGGGCUCACACGGACUUUGAAUGCUUCACUAUCCUUUCCCAGGGUAGCGUGCCAGGUCUACAGGUCCUGAACCACAGCCGCGAAUGGAUACUGGCACCUCCAUUGCCAGGUACACUGGUUGUUAACAUAGCGGAUUGCUUGUCAAUUUGGACGAACAAAAAGUUCAAAUCAACUAUCCACCGGGUGACAAACUUAACGGGACAAGAGCGCUAUUCGAUUCCUUUUUUCUUUGGUGUCGAUUAUGAUGCAACAGUGUCGGUUUUACCGAACCAUAUCUUGGACGACAGACCAGCAUGCAAAGAGCCUUUCAAAGCAGGCGAGUGGGUUCGCGAAAAGCUGUCAAAGGCAUACGUAGGCUAUGAUGGCUAA